UUGGUUAACUUUCUCAUCCUUUCCCCAGUUAGCUUUUCCUAUUGGUCUAGGAUGUUGUCAGUUAAUGGACGCGGCAGCGAGUUCCGGUGUGAGGAUAGGUUAGGUUGAUGAAGUGUGUGGGUGAGGGGGCCGUCGUUGAGAUAUUUUGCUCUUGCCAAAGGAAGCAAAGGUUAUUUUGCAGGCAGCAAAACAUCUUUUGGCAAAUUCCUAGUCACGAAAGAUGGAGAUCACAUCAUAUUACACUAAACUUCUGGGAGAACUAAAUGAACAGCGGAAGCAGGACUUCUUCUGUGACUGCAGCAUUAUUGUGGAGGGGAGAAUUUUCAAAGCUCACCGGAAUAUUCUGUUUGCUAACAGUGGGUACUUCAGAGCCUUGCUGAUUCACUAUAUCCACGAUAGUGGACGUCCUAGCACUGCCUCCCUGGACAUUGUCACAUCUGAGGCCUUUUCCAUAAUACUGGACUUUCUCUAUUCUGGAAAGCUGAACCUUUGCAGUAAGAAUGUCAUUGAAGUGAUGUCAGCUGCUAGUUACCUGCAGAUGACUGAUGUAGUCAGCUUUUGCAAACUGUACAUCAGAUCUUCUCUUGACAUCUGUGUGAAAGAUGAGAAAGAUGAUAACUGUAAUCAUGUGGAAAAUGGGAAUAAUAUAGCAGCCUUUGGAGAUGCUGUGUCUUUUUGUAGAAAUCAAUGUCCAAACCCUGUUUCAUCAGUUCAACAGCAGGAAUCAAGCCCUGACAAUAAUCAAAGUAUAACUUGGAAUGAGUGCAAUUCUUAUCAUCCCAUAGAUCUUGUACAGAAAGAUCAGGACAACCUAUCUCCAGAGAAACUUCAUCCUCCAUCAUUACCUAAACUUCCAGAGCCUAAAGUUGAGUUUGACGAGGACGAAGUAGAAUCAGUUGACCGGUUCCGGCAGUUUACACCAUCUGCCACAGAUCAGGCUGAGGAAAGGCUGCAGACUGCCCCAGCUAUGGAAAUAGCUUAUGAAAAUUAUCAGAUGAAACAAUUCUUAGAGGUUUUAUUGAGGACAGGGAACGUCCAGCGGAAGGAAGAUCUCAUACAGCACUUUUCCAGAGGGGGGCGUCCAGAGGAUGGAGGGGGCUCCUUUUCCAAUAUGAUGGAUGUGCAGAGUGAUUGGUAUGGGGAGGAUGCAGGGAAUGGAAUAAUUGUGCCAAAAAAGAUCUAUAAGUGCCCGUUCUGCACUUACACAGCUAAACAGAAAGGAAUCCUAAAACGACACAUGCGCUCGCACACUGGAGAGCGCCCAUAUCCGUGUGAGACUUGUGGAAAAAGGUUCACCAGACUCGAGCAUCUCCGAAGCCAUGCUUUAAGUGUACAUCGUUCGAAUAGACCAAUUGUCUGCAAAGGAUGCAGGAGAACAUUUACCAGCAACCUACAGCAUGGUGCAAGGCGGUUUGGCCUCUGUGACAGCUGCACGUGUGUGAUGACCACCAAUGAGGAGACAUCACCAGUCAAUCUAAGCCAGACUGAGCAAGUUUUGGAGAACCAGGAGAAGGAGGACAAAGAUGCCAGCUGGCCUGUGUACAUAGAAUCCAGUGAGGAGAAUGAAUCUGCUGGAGACAAUGUGGAUGACAAGCAACAGAUUCAGAGAAACUUGACAGAUGGUGAAGGAUUUAUUUAGGGCCACCGGAAAUUACUUCCUUUCCAGGUGGGUUGCAAAUACUCUCUAAAUAUCAUGUUGAACAGGUGCAGUUAUGUACUGCUGUAUAUAGUUGAAAACUUCAAGGCCAAAGAAACUCUAGCCACUACAGAACUCUCUGAGAUCAGAGCAAUUUAAAAGAACCCCUACCCAAGGAGUUCAUUUGAAGGUCAGUAAACUGGAGAGAAGACUGCUAAAGAAUGCAUGUCAAUCUGAACGGAGGAAGCUGAGAAACCUCUUUCUGUGACAGCUUCCUUAAUGGAAGGAGCCAAAUAUCUGCUGGUAAAACCAAAGUGAAAUCUUCUGCACUGGCAGAAAAUUUAAAGCCAAUUCCUUUUCAACUUUUGCUGACUAUUUAUCUUUGUGAGAAAUGUUUUUCUUCGCAUACAAUAUUCUACGCAAAUACAACAGACCUGGAAUAAUUCUACAGUAAGCAAAUUGUUCUGGGAAUGAAAACGCCAGUGGUUGACAGGGCUGUUCCACUGGCAAAUCAUUUAACAUUUCAAGAUCAAACAGCUUGAAAUACUGUGCAUUGAAUAACUUUGUAUAUAAAGUUCUUUUUUUAAAAUAGCACUAAAAUACAGUGGUCUUGGUGUAAUGAAGUAUUCACUGUUGGUGAAUACGUGGAUGUUUUAUAGCUUGUACAUAGUGGAUAUUGUCUUGGUGUUCCUACAGUUGGGUAAAAUCUGUUCGCUUAGAAUUAAUCUUAGGGUUUGAAAGCCAGAACCACUGGAUUUCCCGAGCCCCUGUGGGAUACAGAACAUGAUUUAACCAGGAUAUGGCACAGGUGGAUGGAGGUAGGGUGGAUUCCAACCAACUGAGGAAGGCUUUCCAGCACUUGUCUAUAUAUUUAUGAUAAUUGUAUCCAUUCUCAUUAUUGCCUCCUUUUUUAAUGUAAGUUGUUGAAUUUAUUCCCAUUCCUGGCAGCCUACAGGUUUGGCUAAAUGGACGUGGAAACUGAACAGCUGGAAUGAUAAAGAUUUUGAUGAACCCUGUUUUUCACUUUUGGAAGGUGAAAUUCAAGGGCUAGAAAAUAGUAUUUUAAAAGAACUUGUUCUACAGGAAACGAAACUGAAAAUUGUCCACUGUAAAUGUGUAUGUAUUCUGAUGGCUAUAUCAGAACUCCUUUAAACUGCAAUAAUUUUUUUUUUUAAAUUUAAAUUUGACCUGUCUAAAAGGGUCAAGUAGCAGAAAGGACUGCUCAUCUGUAAAGCAAUCCUGAACUUGGUCUAUACGUUACAUUGCCAUUGCUGACCCCCAACUGGAUAAACUGUCAUUGUUUUGUGUUGGCUGCAUUGUGUUGGAAAGUGUCCCUUUGUGUCUUGUUGACACAUUGUUCCCUUGUCUGAUCAUUUCUGUUGGUUUGGGCACUAUAUUUUAAUGUUUUAUCUUAAUAAUUACUGAGUGGAUGUGAUCUUAAUGUACAUGUGCAUGUUGUAAAGUUUGUUCUCAAUUAUACUGAGACUAACAUUGUCCUCUCUGACUGGGAACAGAGAAUACUUUUAUAACGUAAAACAGAAGGCCAGAAAUCAUACAGCCAGUUAUCUCAAAAUAUUAAAACAAUUGAUCAAUAACCCAUAUUGAUUCAUCUUUCCUCCACCCCAUCAAAAGUGAUUACAAGUAAAUUCCUUUCUUUAUAAGAUCCCUGCCUUUUUUAUCUACAACAAAUCAGAUCAAACCAGCUCCCACAUUUUACCCAGUAUCACUUUGAUAAACGAGUACUGUUUCUCAGCAAACCCUGCUUUAAAUUUUUCUUUUCUAUCUGCAACCAUAUCUCAAUUAUAAAAACAAUUUCUUGGACUAAUCAGUGUCGCUGACCCCUUUCUUAUCCUUUUAUACAGUUGAAUUUAAAAGAGAUCAGAUGUUGGAGUAAAUUAACAUCCUGGUCUUUUCAUUAUUUAAAUUUAGGGACCUGGAUAUUAAAUCCAGCCGAGAAUAGUGGUAUAUGUUCUGCUCUAACUGCUAACUGCACCCUACUCUAGUUGCCUGAAAGUAUAAAUUAUUCAUAAUUUAUUGGUAAUCUUACUUAGGGCAAGGAUGUGGGUAGUGUAAGUGAAGUUACACUAUUGCAUUAGAUACCAGGGACAGUUGAGAUUAAAAGUUGUCUGGUAGAAUACAGAUUAAGUUACCUAUGUAGCUGUUAAGUGGAACCAAGGAGUCAAAGCUAAAAUAUGUGAAAUGCGAAGGGAUACCUAGCAUACUGCAGAGCCAUGUCAAUUGAUUAUUCCCAGUACUGGGGGCAGAUUAGCAAAUUAAUUUCUGGCCAAAAGGGACCGACUGUAGAGAGAAGUUAGAUCUCUUGGUGCAAAAUAAAGAUGAUGUACCAGUAACUGACCCAUAUCCAAAUUGGUGUGUUGGAAGCCACUGCAGAGUAGCCAAAGUAAGAAGGCAUUCAUUUUCAAUGUCUCAAGAUACCAUGCAAUUUUAAACUCGAGCAGAAAAAAGCCUUAAUGUUUUCAAUCAAAAAUUGCGACUUUUUGUUUAAUAAUUACAAAUUGUUCAGUCUUUGUUUCAGCAUUAUUUUGCUGAGGCAUUAUAUUUGGCAUCACAGAGUCAUUAACACAAGUGGAGCAGUUGGACUGUUUAGCAUUCAGCUAACAGGAAAGGGAAAGAUCAGUUGGGGAAAGGUAGCAGUGUGGCUGAAAUAUACCUUUUUGUUCUUCAUUUCUAACCAUUGUAAUCCCUUUAAACUGAAUGUAAAUACAUUUGAUUCAUGAGCAUGAUAAUGUUUAUCUCAAGACGUGGGUAGUAGUCUAUUGCAAAUGAAUAACCCCUUGCUUUAUCCACACAGGGUGCUGAGAAUAAGGCAGAAUUGAACUGCGCUGUUGGAAACUAAUAUGGCAUUUCAGUUAUUGUAACAGUAUUGUGUCAGAGCAUAAGCCCCUGGUUCUCCAAUUAAAGUACUUUCCAUCCUGUUGGAGAACACCACAAUAUUCAGAGAUGUUAACUGGCUAAUGUGCUGUUUAAUGAAUGUUUGUUUAAUUUUUAAGCUGUAACGUAGAAAUCUCUCCGAAGAGCAGGUUCUGUCUCUCAAAUAAUGUAAUUUCAAAAAUGCAUGAAUAGAAUCUUGUUCAAUUUUUUAAUAAGUUCUAUAUGCUGAAUUAAUGUUAAAAGGAGUGUUCCUUUAUAGUAGAAUUGCUAGUGGUAUUGAGUGUUACAGUAGCAAUAUCACUGAUAAGUAGGAAUAUUAUCUUAAUGCAAAGAAAGGGAUUUUCAUUUUGUCUUCCUUGGCCCUCUCAUUUUGGCUUCUUUCUUCUGGAGAAUAAAUGGAAUUUAUAGCUGUAUGAUUACUGUGUGUUCUGAAACCUGUCAGCUGAAUUAAUUAAGUCAGUUACAGUAACCUCCCUGUUUCUGUAACUGCUGGGUGACUCCUAAUUGGUGAUGGAACGUGGAAUUCGGGGUAUAAAACUUCUACUAAAUAUAAUUAAAACGGAUCUUAUUUUCUACUUCAUUUUUAAAAAUAUUCACUCUUUUGGAUUCUUAUUUUCUGCCUCCAAAACAUGUAUUAUUGUGUAUUAUUUCCUAUCUAAAAUAGCUCAACAGACAACCUCCUAAGUUCUUUCUGUUGUUGCUGUGUCUGAGAUGAGAAGUCUGCAUGUUUGUGGUGUCCAGUCCUUUGUUGUUUACCAUUCCUUCUUGGCCCCAGCUCAGCAGAAACUUCCUAUGUGGAAAUUCAUAGAUUAAAGAAUUACAUUUGACCAACCUCUGUGGCGUCGUUAUUUGCCACAUCAAAAUGCUGUAGGUCCACACUCUGAAUAAUUUUUGAAAAGUGAGGUGUGUUUAAACCAGAUUGUACAUUUUAAGUGGGCAAUUUGGAAUUUUCUUUGUGCUGGCAAAAUUGCUUUGGUACAAAUGCUGAUCCCCAGUCAUUUUAAUUUAAUUUGGUGUCAAUAUAUGCUGUAAGAUAUUUAAUCACUAUUGCAUUUGCAUUUGCAGUUGUCUUACUGCUAAAACAAGUCUUUAAUACUGCAGGGCAAAUUGAAGACCUGCUUCCAUUGUCAUUGUAUAGGAUCUCAUGAUUUGGUGAGACUUGAUGUGAACUUGUUGCACCUGAGCAUUGUUUCCCCUACUUCUUUUGAAGAGCAUUUAAAUAUUACGUCUAGAUAUUUUUUAACCUUUUGUUUCUAGUCAAUCUGAUCAGAGAGAUUAUUACACACCUCUGGAGCAGGUGGGAUUUAAACCUGAUUCUCCUGGUCCAGGAAUAGGGAUACUACCACUGUGCCAUAGAUUUUUUUUUAAAUCAACCUGUUCAGACAUGUUAGGACACACCUUUGGAAUCGUUGGGACUUGAACCCGUGUCUUCUGCCCAGAGAAAGGAACAUUCCCCCUUCAUCAUUAACCCUAAAUAUUACUGAACCGUUUUGGUGUUUUCGCUUUGAAUUUCACAAAUUGUGAUCUUGUUAGUAUGAACUUGCCAAUAGGCACAACAAAGUGACAAAAUCCUGUAUCUUAUGGCCAACCAACAAAAUGGCAGUUUUAAAAACUAUAUUCUUAAAGUGAUUGUUUGUUUAUUUAUUUGUUAACUGUACUGCAGAUCCCAGACAAAAGUCAAUGCGCUGGCUUAUUACACCUCUAGUAACUGUUAGCCAGAAUGUGCACUGUCCCAUCAGCACAAUAAAUGUGACCUAGUGCUUUGUAUCUCUACAGUAUUACUGUUAUUAAAAUGCAUUUUCAUAUUGUA